GUGUUAUAUGUAUAUGAUCACAUGACUAGGUAAGUAUUGGGGUAUAUAUUACUUACAUCGUGUGAUAUACUCCCCUACUUUGUCACCACAUCCACAUCAGUACCCACGCAUCAAGAUGAAGUUAGCUGUUGUAUUGCUGAGUCUCUUGUCCCUGGCUUUUGCCCAGCUUCCAUCGCCAUGUAUAACGCCAACAGAAUUGACCAUGAGAGCUUCUCAAUACAACCAUGCUGAUGAUAUUAUCAACCGAUACUACAUCACCUAUGAUGCUGUAAAUAAGAGAAAGGUUAUAUUUGAAGAAGAAAAUGUCGUUUUCCCAGGGCGACAGUUCCACGAAUUUUUGAUCUUGAACAACGAAAAUGUUCAAUACGAUUACAACUUGAAAACUAAACAGUGUACUAAAUCCAUCCCUAGACCAUGGAGAAAUUAUGGUAUUCCACCAAAUGCCACCUUUGAGAAUGAGUUUUACAUCGGCGGUCCUUCAGAACAAGUUUACGCCCAGGAAUGGUCUGACAGAAUCCCACUUAGACAACGAGAGAUGUGGAUCGGAGUUUUCAGCUUGAAGGAUUGCUACCCAGUAAGAGAGGUCAUCGUUGGUGAUUUCAACGCCACCGACUCGAUAACAACUAACUUCUACGACAUCGUUCAGGGAAUUAGCAACCCCGAUGAUUUUAUCCCACCUACUGAAUGUCUUAAUGCCGUAGAGGCUAAAUCAUCACUAAAAUAUAAUGUUUAGCUAAUGUAUUAACUACUAAAAGUGUUCAGCAGGACUACAAUUUCGAAUUCGUAAUCGAUUACCGUUAGCGAAGGGAGAUUACCUAUUUUCACAUAGUUUGUGUCUUUUUGGGAAAAAUAUCCAUUAUUUUUGUUAUAUAAUCGCUUGAUUUUAAAUAGCACGCAGCAUAUGAAAGAAAUGUACGUUUUUAAAAACCAUUGUAAUUUUCAUACCGACGAAAUUACAUCGAAGCUGACUGGAGAAGCUCAUCAAUAUACAUGGCAGGACGUUUGGUUUUCCACAUCUCACACUUGUAGUCUUUCAUUUCACCAUACACCCUUUUGACAUCAUACAAUACUUUUCUUUUAUUCAAAUAACGUUUUGAAUGCUCCUCUAGCAUUAACUGUGAUACUUUUGUCUGUAUAAACACAUUUCUUCAUUUGUGUCGAAAGUUACAAGUUAAGUUUCUAUGUUUCAUAUAAAUUGGGUGGAUAACGUCAUGCCUUAAUGGCGUCUUCGUAGGUACCUGUACAAUACUCAUGUAAAUAAAAGGCAAUAAAUA